UUAGACCACUGUCUUCAUGCACUGCUUAUACCGUGAUAACUGAGUUAAUAAACCCAUUGGUACAAAGAACCUGCUGUGAUAUACUGCAUAUUUUUCUCUAUUCUGUUAUAUCUUGAUUAAGUCUAAAAAAAAAAACAAAAAAACCCUAAGGGAAGGAUAACAGCGGCGUGAGGGAGAAAGUUGCGGCGUAGGAAAGGGAAUCAGGGGGAAAGGUGGCGAAGCAAACCCUUUUGGGAUUUUAGGGUUUUGAGGUCAGUGAAUGGAGAGCACCAAGGAAGCCAACCAUUGGAAACCAGAGUGCGAACAUGGGAGUGGGAAGCGAGUUACGUGAAGUUGAGUCGAUAGUAGUUGAAAAAGGGAAAGACAAGUUGAAAAAGGGAAAGCCAACCAGGGAAAGUGAGUUUCAUCUCUUGUGGUAACAAGAGAGGUGUUAUAACCUUAAACUGCUGAGGAGAUCUAGCACGUGGUGGCCCUGAUGACUCGUUCUAAAGCCAACUCGAAGAAACAGCAUGGCAUUGACUUUAAGAAAAUAAGGCGAAAGGUUGGGAGGAAACUGCCACCACCUAAGAAUACAACAAAUACUGAGAUUAAAUCUAAAGCAAUUGUUCUGCCGGAACAGAGUGUGGCAGCAGAGAAGGCCGGUUUGGCUGUAAACAAGAAAGGUUUGACUUUAAAAGAACUUCUCCAGCAAACAUCUCAUCACAAUCCUAAAGUUCGUAGAGAUGCAUUGAUGGGUAUUAAGGAUUUAUUCACCAGGCAUCCAGCUGAACAGAAGUCGCACAGGUAUGCCACUGUAGAAAAACUUCGUGAGCGCAUUGGUGAUGAUGAUAAAGUGGUUCGGAAAUCAUUGUAUGAUCUCUUCAAAGUUAUGAUUUUACCUUGCUGUAAAGAGGACAAUCAAGAGGUGGUCGUUUCUUUGUUGAUGCCUUACAUUUUUAAUGCAAUGACUCAUUUUUCGGUUGAUGUUCGGAUGAUGGCAUUUGAUUUUCUUGAUCUCAUUCUCGAGUUCUAUCCUCCUUCCUUUUCACCCUUGUAUGCAGAAAAGAUUUUUCUGAAUUAUGAGGAUAUUCUAAGGAGGAACCAAUACUAUUUACAAGAUAAAGGAAAACUAAAGGAUGCUCUUUCUGGGUUGGUUCGCUGCUUGUCACUCCUUCCAUGGAAUAAAGCACAAACUGAUUUGCCGAAUAAGGAUGAUACUGGCCGAAGGGUAUUGUUUGCCUAUGAUGAUGAAAUGUCUAUGAACUCAAAUGGUUUUUCUAAUAUCGUAAAGAGUUUGAAGGAUCUAGUUCCACCAUUAAUGAAUAUUUUUCUGGAAUUUAUUCCAUUCAUUCAUUCGAUGGAAAGUCUGGAAGGGAAGUUUUUUUCUUGUAUGGCAUCCAUUCUGCAUAGCAUAGAUCUUAUAGUUAGGUCUAUUGCUCAUGGGAGUGACAAGAAAUCAGAAUAUCCAAGUUCUCAAGGUGGACCUGAUGUGGCUGAUGUUACAAUCUCUUCUGCACUCUUGAAGAAAUUAUUUCCUCGUUUUCCACUCAAUCCCACUGAUCAUCUUUCAGCAAGGGACUGUGGUAGGUUGCUUGACUUGAACAUGGUCAUUGCCAAAAUAUUUUUUGAAUUAAAUGAAUGGAUGUGUCUUCCUCCACAUUUGUUGGAGAGAUUUCUUGAAUUUUUUGAAAAUGCUCUCCUUGGGAAGUUCUUCUGGACUACGCAGUCUGCUAAGGCUGUCUGGGAAGAAGAGCAUUUAGUUCUACUCCUUCCAUUUAUUCCAAAAAUUGUUUCGCGCGGGGCAGGCGAUUGGACAUCACGCCUUCUUCAGGCUUUUACCCUGACAUUUAGGGAAAGCAAGCCAGGUUCUUUGCUGAAAGCCUGUGUUUCUGCCAUUGAAGAUGUGUUAACUUACAUGGAAGGCAUGCAUUCCACAGGGACAAGCAAUCCACAGUAUAUAGUUCUUCAAGAGGCUUUACGUGCAUGGACUGGAGAUCUCCCUCGGUUGCUUAUCCAGCUUGGAGAUAAUCACCUAGCCUGCUCCCAGGCUUUGAUAAGUCUUCUACAUCGUAUUGGACAGCGUGCUUGGAAUCCAGCACUUGUUUGCAUGUAUAACAACAUGCAGCAGUCAUUGCAAGAUUUUUACUGUACAUAUCAAGAGGGAGGACCGAUAUGUUUUGGUCCUUUUCUCAGGCUUCCUAGAGAAUCUCAAGUUCUCGCUUUAUGUUCCAUUUACUAUGUCUCUCAUUUGGACCUGCCUAUUUUAAAGUCAUUAGUCUAUUGUUGCCUAAGUGAUGAUCUAGACUCCUAUGUCUUAUUUGGGAUCAUAGACGUUCUCCAGUUAGCCUAUGAGCGGGGGUGUAUAGAAAUUGCGGAUUACUUGAGUUUUUUCAUCACCUUGGUCUCCCGUUUCAAAGUUUCUCCUGAAUUUGGUUCCUCUGGUUUUAAGGGUGACCCACUUCGCCAAACUUUAAAGUUAAUGACAGAUAAGAUUUACUCAUGCAUUCAACAGAUGGGUGACAAAGCUAUUGUUCUACGAUUGAUAGAGAGAUUGAUUAUUGAUCAGAUAUCACAAAAGCCUUCUUUGGAUAAUAGAUGCUCUCUCCUGAGAAUGGUUGUUUCAGUGGAUUCGAAGGCCACACUACUUUCUGAACAAAGCAUUGCCACUCUAGGCCUUCAUCUUUCGGAAUAUCUGAUAGAUGUUGUGCAGUGUGUUCCAGAAGAUGAUGGACAAACUUCCUUUCCAUUCAGCCUCCGGCGUUAUUAUGCUGUACCUUGUUUUUUCAUGUUGGAUCGGUGCCAUGAACUUAUGAAUCUUGUGUUGAAGAAAAUGGGAUCGGUUAUAUAUGAUAGUAGCGUUUUACUAAAAUCUGACAAAUGUUGUCAAGAUGUAAGGAACUGCUUGAAUAAGGUGAAUGCUGUCACUUCUGCUCUUUCCUUGUUGCACGGGGAUCCUCAAAUACGACGGAUUAUGUCUCCAUACAAGAAAAAUAUUGAUAACGUCAUAGAGCAAGUUAUUUCUUUACAGUCAUCAGGGGAGAUCAGCAUGAAAAUUGAAGAACAUGACAUCAUGAAACGUGCUCUUGAUCAACUAAAGACCUUACGAGAUAACUUAAAGUCUUAACGUUUGUCAAGAAGAAUGUUCCGGAGGAGUGAGAAAUAGCGUGACAUGAAGGACUUGGACUGAGCUAUGUGGUGGGGGAAAUGUUAUAAAGCAUACUCAGUUUUUGUGAAGUAGGAAUAUUAUUUCUCAACCAAGAAUAAUGCAGGGUCUCAAGUUUUUUUUUUCACACUAUUAUUUUAUCAGGAGCAGGUAGUUAGGUAAAUGAAUUCUAAGACAUUAAACUAGGUCAAUUAAUUUAAUAUAUGUAUAUAUGUGUGUGUAGAGGUAAGAGUUUAUUUGAAAAA